AUGUUCUCAACGUGUCUUGUUUCCUUGUCUUUUUUUUUGCAGGCCUCAUCGCAGCAGCUGAAAUUCACAACCUCCGAUUCCUGUGACAGGAUCAAGGAUGAGUUCCAGUUUCUGCAAGCACAGUACCACAGUUUGAAGCUCGAAUGUGACAAGCUGGCGAGUGAGAAGUCAGAGAUGCAGCGCCACUAUAUCAUGUACUAUGAGAUGUCCUAUGGGCUUAACAUUGAGAUGCACAAACAGGCUGAAAUAGUGAAGAGACUGAACGGGAUCUGCGCACAAGUCCUGCCCUACCUGUCUCAGGAGCACCAGCAGCAGGUCCUGGCAGCCAUAGAGCGGGCCAAGCAGGUCACCCCUCCAGAGAUGAACUCCAUCAUAAGGGUACGAUAUUCCCAGCAGCUCCAGGCUCACCAGCUGUCUCAGCUCCAGGGCCUGGCCUUGCCCAUGACCCCCCUGCCCCUGGGCCUGAGCCAGCCGAGCCUCCCCGCCGUCACCACCUCCUCCGGCCUCUUCUCCCUCUCGUCUCUGCUGGCCUCCCAGGCCCAGCUGGCCAAAGAAGAAAAAGCCUCUCGCGAGGGCGUCGACAGUCACCGCGAGGAGGACGGAGACAAGUCUGAUUAG